UCAUGACCUCUGAUCCACAUUGCAGACAUCUCAAUCACCCAGUGUGAUCCACAACCUGAAAACUCAAUGGAGGGCAAGACCUUGGUCCUUGAAGCAGAAGAAACAUCUGAUAAAUUGGAACCCCACAUCAGCCACUCACCUUCACCUUUACAACCUCAUCCUGCACUGCAAAAGCCUCAAAAGGAUGCCUCUGAGAUGUGUUUGCAAGGCCUGGCACAUCUUAACAAGGAAGGAGAGAAUUCAUCCAACUCAGAUGAUGUCUGCUUUGUUUCCUCUUGGAACGAGUCCAUUCUUAUUGAAGACGACAUCUCAAUCACCCAGUGUGAUCCACAACCUGAAAACUCAGUGGAGGGCAAGACCUUGGUCCUUGAAGCAGAAGAAACAUCUGAUAAAUUGGAACCCCACAUCAGCCACUCACCUUCACCUUUACAACCUCAUCCUGCACUGCAAAAGCCUCAAAAGGAUGCCUCUGAGAUGUGUUUGCAAGGCCUGGCACAUCUUAACAAGGAAGGAGAGAAUUCAUCCAACUCAGAUGAUGUCUGCUUUGUUUCCUCUUGGAACGAGUCCAUUCUUAUUGAAGACGACAUCUCAAUCACCCAGUGUGAUCCACAACCUGAAAACUCAGUGGAGGGCAAGACCUUGGUCCUUGAAGCAGAAGAAACAUCUGAUAAAUUGGAACCCCACAUCAGCCACUCACCUUCACCUUUACAACCUCAUCCUGCACUGCAAAAGCCUCAAAAGGAUGCCUCUGAGAUGUGUUUGCAAGGCCUGGCACAUCUUAACAAGGAAGGAGAGAAUUCAUCCAACUCAGAUGAUGUCUGCUUUGUUUCCUCUUGGAACGAGUCCAUUCUUAUUGAAGACGAAAGCUCAACCCUACACCAGUGUGAUGCACAACCUGCGUACUCUUUGGAGGAAAAGACCCUGGCCAAGAAGUCCGAUGAAACAUCUGAUGAAAUGGAUUGCCACCUCGGCCACUCAGAUUCACAUGUAUCCCCUAUUUCUGAAAUAUCUAAGGCGCUGGAGAAUGCUUCUGAGUCAUGUGCGACAUUCUCAUCCCAUCCUAAGUCAGAAGAAUAUUUCUCCAACUCUGAUGUUGACUGCUUUGUUUCUUCUCUGAGUGAUUCCAUUGCUGUGGAAACAAAAGAAAUCUGCAAAUCAAAAAAAGAGGCCCUGUGUAUCCAGUCUAGGAAGAUACCUCUACUCCAGGAUCUGAAGCAACAUCAGACUCCCAACCCGACCCAGUGCCGCUGCUUUAAUUUCCAUUUGGCUCAUGAGCCCUGCACACCAGAAACACAUAUGAGGAAGGAGAGGCUCAUGAAAGUCUAUUACACGAGAGUCCAGAGGAAAAGAAAUGCCAGCGUUGUCUGCUACACUCAAGAUGAACUUGUGCCUCCCGGAAAGAGAUCAGAAAUUGAAGAUGUAGCUUUUCCUGUCAAGAUUCGUGCAGAUCCCAGCUUUUGCUAUCAGUCUUCAGAGUAUCUUGUAACUGAUGACUCCACGUACAGUGUGGAAGACAAAGAACAGGAUCAGGAGGCUUCCAGCUGCCAGGCAGUGUUGUCAGCUGCAGAAGAGAAUUUGCAGGCGAGGGCCAGCACACCUGAGUGGCUGGUGACCCCAGAGAGAGGAUUCAAGUGCAUGGCCUGCUGCCAAGUCUUCUCCAGCCUGGGGGACCUUGUAGACCAUGUGAAGCAUGGGGUCAAGGGGGACUUUAGUUGCCAGGUUUUCCAUCUUGCCUUCACCUGGCUCGAAAGCAAGAGGCACAUGAUGGAGAAGAGGAACAAAAGAAAGAAGUCCACCAGGAAGACAUCUGGAUACAAGGAGAAAUAGCUAGAUAGGCAGAAAUUCCCACACCAGUAAUCUAGUCCCUUACCAGCCCCCAUUAGCGAGCAGCCACGCCCUCCUGAGACAGCCUAUCAGCACUAAGAAGCCCUAGUCCCCCUGUUAUCUCCACACUGCACCAUCACUGUUAUCAGAGGACUCCUUAGAGUGGGAUCCAUUCCUCUCCAUAGGUAAAAGAGAGCCAAUUUUUUGAGGAGUAUGAAUGGAAAGAGACAAGUAAGAAACCCCAAUUACUCCAAGACCCGUAUUGAGUAGAUGACUUUACUCUAUCCUCUGGGAAAAAUUUUCCACGGUAUUCACUAGGAACCCUUAAGUGCAGACUUUUUCCUUAAAUAUAAGCAACUACAUAAGAGGGACAACAGGGCUUUUCUCUCCUGUCCUGGAUCAUGGCUGGUUGUUUUUAUUUAUGAUUUGCCUUCUAGAGGACUCUCAUGACCACUUUAGGAAAUUUAAAUAAAUCUUACAUCUUACUCUCUUU